GAUCUAGCGGAUUAGAGAGUUUAAUCCGAGCGCACGAAAGUGGAGGGGAGGGGGGACCCUGAUAACUGCAGCUCGCGUGCGAAGGGGGAGGCAAGAAAAUUGAGGCGAAGCGCCCCGAAAGCAGUUUCAUGGGCUCGGAAACAAGAGGGCACGUCAACAUCGCCACGUUUAAGAUAUCUUAAAGCAGUGGGGCUGCGGAAAAGUGGGGGGAAACUGAUUUUUGGCGCUGCCGACGGGGUUGUUCAUUUGUACUUGGUCGGCUCGGUGGCUAGCUAGCUAGCUAGCUAAUCCUGUUAGUGAGGGGAAUUGGCAGCAGUUGGGGGCGCGCGGCGGCCGACGAGCGCGGCCACCGAGCGGGCUCUCCGUGCACAGAACGCGCCGCUCGCUCCGGAGGCACAGCGAACCCCCCACUCCCCCCCCCUGCCCGACCGCUCGCGCUCUCUCUCCCCCCACCCUCCCCUUCCCGCGCGCCCCCUCUCCCGCCCCGGGGCUCUCUCGUGCACGGACUCGGGGCGGACAGCUGGCGGCUCCCGGGUGCCCGGGCGGCGCGGGACGGCGAGCGCGAAGGAGUGCGUUCUCCCCGCGGAGGGAUUAUUCGCUCGCGAGAGACUGAGAGAGGUGGGCGAGGCGGAGGAGGGAGAUGUCGCGGAAGCCGGCGGCGGAGCAGAGCAGGCAGUCGACCACGGAGCGUCUGGUGAAAGCGGUGCCAUUCCCCCCACACCAGCGCCUCUCCAUGAAGGAGCUCUUUGAGGAUGGCAAACCCAAGGUGGAUUUGCUCAAGUGCCACCUUGUGAAGGAGGGCCGGCUGGAGGAAGACGUGGCACUGCGCAUCAUCAGGGAUGGUGCCAACAUCCUUCGCCAGGAGAAGUGCAUGCUGGAAGUGGAGGCACCCAUCACAGUGUGUGGCGAUGUCCACGGCCAGUUCUUUGACCUGAUGAAGCUCUUUGAAGUUGGUGGCUCGCCAAACAACACACGCUAUCUCUUCUUGGGGGACUAUGUGGAUCGAGGGUACUUCAGCAUCGAGUGUGUGUUGUUCCUCUGGGCCCUCAAGAUCAACCAUCCGACCACACUCUUCCUCCUCAGAGGCAACCAUGAGUGCCGCCAUCUCACAGAGUACUUUACCUUCAAGCAGGAGUGUAAAAUCAAGUACUCAGAGCGUGUGUACGAUGCCUGCAUGGAAGCAUUUGACUGCCUGCCCCUGGCUGCCCUCCUCAACCAGCAGUUCCUGUGUGUACAUGGAGGCUUGUCCCCGGAAAUCAACUGCCUGGACGACAUCCGAAAAUUGGACAGGUUUAAAGAGCCGCCAGCAUUUGGUCCUAUGUGUGACCUGCUGUGGGCUGACCCUGGGGAGGACUAUGGCAGCGAGAAGACCCCUGAACACUUCAACCAUAACUCUGUCCGUGGCUGCUCUUAUUUCUUCAGUUACCAUGCAGUAUGUGACUUUUUGCUAAAUAAUAAUCUCUUAUCAGUAAUUCGAGCACAUGAAGCCCAAGAUGCAGGGUACCGAAUGUACAGAAAAAGCCAGACUACAGGUUUCCCAUCAUUAAUCACUAUCUUUUCAGCACCAAACUACCUAGACGUUUACAACAACAAAGCUGCUGUGUUGAAAUACGAGAACAAUGUGAUGAACAUCCGGCAGUUCAACUGUUCUCCACACCCCUACUGGCUGCCCAACUUUAUGGAUGUCUUCACAUGGUCCCUGCCCUUUGUGGGUGAGAAAGUGACCGAGAUGCUCGUGAACGUGCUCAAUAUCUGCUCCGACGAUGAACUCAUGUCUGAAGGAGACGACACGUGUGAGGGUGGCACCCCAGCCGCGCGGAAGGAAGUCAUCAGGAACAAGAUCCGUGCCAUUGGCAAGAUGGCCAGAGUCUUCUCUGUACUCCGAGAGGAGAGUGAGAGUGUACUGCAGCUUAAAGGGCUGACCCCCACGGGGACCUUGCCUCUGGGAGUGCUUUCUGGAGGCCGGCAGACCCUACAGAGUGCCACCAUAGAAGCAGAAGCGGCACGAGCCAUCCAAGGCUUCUCGCCCCAGCACAAGAUCCGGAGCUUCGAGGAGGCGCGCGGCCUAGACAGGAUAAACGAGAGGAUGCCCCCCCGCAGGGACAGCCAGCAGGCCGACAGCGCCUCGCUCAAGUCCCUCAAUGCAGCCAAUUGCCCCAACAAGAAUGGCACGGAUCCCCCUGCACAGUAACGCCUGCUCACACGGCCCCAUCCUACCAGGCUCACACAUCUCCACUCUUUUUCUCUUACUGGAAGCCUGCGAAAGCCUUCUCCUCAGCCACUUGCUGCAGGCUAAGGACAGGUGGGCUGAAUGCAGUCCCACCACCGCAACUACAACAACGGCAACAAUAAACAAAUACAUCAGUGUAUCUUUAUUACAUGAUAUGUAUUAGGUUUGUGUAAAUGGUUAAAGACAAACAUGAAACGUCGGGGUUGGAAUGCACACCCACUGUUAGAAUCAAAUGUGUGUUGGGAAAUUUUGUAAGUUUGACUAUGUAUGGUACCAUGAAGAGGGCAUCUUUAUUAUUUGAGAGUUGUAGCUUUAAGUGAUUUCCACUAGUGUUGUCUUACUUGCUUGGCAAAAAGGAACAUUAGAGUGAAUAUACAUACAGAUGGUGACAUGCACGCUCUUGAGGUGGUGUUUUCAUGUGAAAGGUUUGUAAUAUGCAUGUUGACCAAGGAACAGGAGGUGUUGCUUUAUAAAUUCAAGAGGUGAGAGAUUUGGGAAAACUGCUCCAAUUAGUUGCUUUAAUACUGUUGGUGGACAAUCAUCAAAACAACUUAAAUGGAUACACUUGUUGGAGCUGCUUUGCUUUCACUAUAGAUAUAUUUAUUAAUGUAUAUUUCUGAGUGUUCCCUUAUUUAAAUGUGGGAGUUUUAAAUUUUUUUUCUAUUUUUUACAUCCUGUAAGAUCAGUCAUGAUAGUGAAAUUAAGUAGCGUAUGUCAAAAAAAAGCAGAGAUUGGAUCUCUGGCAAUGUCUUUGUCUGAUGGUUUGCAAGUUCUUGUUUGGUUUUGGGCUCUGCCAAGCAAUGCGUUUUCCUGGCUCAACACUCUCCAUUGCUGCCACAUGUCCCAGAGCCUGUCUGCUGCGUUUGCCACUAACGCUUUCCUCCGGUGACGAGUAAGAGGGCAGGCAGGCCUGCAGUAUUACUAAACCAAAGCAAGAUGUGAAGGGACAGAAUCAUCAGCACUGUUCCAUCAGCGAUGAGAUGCCAGAACUCCUGCAGGUGCUGACAUUUUAGCUUCUGUGUCUCCAGGAAGUAUGUGGAAGGAGGAGCUUGCUGGUCUUAUGGGUAUGGUUUUGUGAGGAGAGAGUUUGCUGAUGAAAAGCACAUUACUGAAUAACUGCAGCAGAACAGCUAGAGGAGAAGAAUCCUGUUCCCUCCGAAAACAUCCGACACGCCAAAAAGAAGAGAAGAAAGUUUCCAUGCCAUGGGCUGCUACAGGAUGCUCAGGCAAUGGGAACACAGUUGACACAACAGCACUUGAUGUUUCUAGAGCUUUACUGUUCAAUUCAGUGCAGAGUUAAUGCUUAAAUUGUCAAGUCUUAUCUCCACCUGCUCUUGAUCUCUUAUGAAAGACUCUUCGGAACUACAUUGGGGCACUUUGUUUAGAGGAGCAUAAUAAAUGAAUAGCUGGCCUAUGAAGAGCUGUUUUGAUAGUUUCCAGCCGGAACAA